GAGUAUAGAGAAGCGAGAAAGAAGCAGUCUCAAGUCCCAAAGACGACCGGAGGAGCAAGGAUAGAGUAAUCAUCACGCGAGCGUGAUUCUUCCUGGUGUUCGGCCUGUAAUCCUGUUUCGACCGUCUCGUGCAAAUCGAUUUCGGCGGUGAGCGGCACCCUCGAUUCCGGCACAUUGACAGACUUGGACACUUUUCUUUAGUGAUUUUGCUAAACAAAAAAAAAACUGUGUUGCUGAAGCCGCGCUUUUCUUCAUCUCAAGCGGCUACGGCGGUGAACACACCUGAGCAGCCUCCACAGCUGAGUGAAAGACGCUAUGGAGGUGUGAGGAGCAAACAUUUAUUACACUUCUUCGAUUGAGUUCGUGUGCUGCGUCUCAUCGAGUUUGUUACGUUUCUUCUGCUACGUUCAAGAUGAAUUUCUUCUGUCGUGAGUGAGAAGCAAAACACAGGGAUGAUGGCGAAAAAAAGAGUGGAUUUACUCUCAAUUCUUUUCCGCCUCCUGCUAUUUUGUUCUCUUGUCCUGUCAACAACAACAUGGCAAGUGGCUCCAAAGGAGCUCCAGAGGGACAGUCCUCCUCUUCCAGGGGAGAAAUGCUCUGCAGAAUUCCAUAAAUUCCCGUGCGCCGAUGGGAAAAACUGCAUAAAUUCUAGUUGGAAGUGUGAUGGCUUCAGUGACUGCGAAGAUGGCUCAGACGAACCUGAAGACUGUCGCAAAUCAUCCGGUGAGGCUCGGCUGAAAAGAGCUGUAGAGGUGUGCCAGCGAAAGCAGUUUUCAUGCCCCAUUUCAAACAAAUGCAUUCCUCACGGCUGGGUUUGCGAUGGAGAUGUUGACUGCAAUGACGACAAAAUCAAAGACAGCUCGGACGAAGACCCCGUGAGAUGUCACAAGGAGCUCCACUGUCCGCCUCACAUGACGAGGUGUGAGAAUGGAAAGCAAUGCAUGCCUACGGCAGCCUUUUGCAAUGACAGAAUUGAUUGCAAGGAUGGAUCUGACGAGGGAGACUUUUGUGGCCAAACCGAAGCUUGUGAUGCUGCAAAGUGCAGCUAUCAAUGCAAAAUGACGCGAAGCGGUGCUGUCUGUUACUGUCCUCUUGGACAACAACCCAAUGGUACCGCGUGUGUUGAUGCCAAUGAGUGCUUGACACCUGGUUCUUGUGACCAAUUCUGCUCAAAUACAAUCGGGUCGUACACUUGCAGUUGCGUAGCAGGCUACCAGCUGCAUGGAACCAACUGUAGAGCAAUUAACGUACCUGUAAAUACUGUGCCAACCUUGUUGCUUGCUAGUAAAGAUGAGCUGCUAGUCCGAAUUCAGAUGGACGGGGCGCCAGUCCCUGGAAACAGUUCCUUACCUGUGGCGCAACUGUUUGGGAUGGAUUUUGAUCACCGGAACAGAACCGUGUGUUUUAUCUACUCAAGCAACAAAGCACAACUUGUGUGCGCAGAUGUGAGCAACCUCUCGCGUUCCUGGCCCUUGCCUUUGCCACAGGUAUUUACAGAGGAUUGCAAACACCCCGCCUGCCAAGCCACGACAAUAUCUGAUAUCGCUUUGGACUGGAUAAGUGGCAGCUGGUAUUUCCUGGAUGAUGCCAAAGAGAUAAUUUACCUGUGCAACUACAACCUGGUGUACUGCACUGUGCUGAUUGAUUUUGAAGUCAGCAAGCCAAGGGCAAUUGCGCUAGACCCAACGAGAGGCAUCAUGUUUUUCACCAAGUGGGGGAUCUCUGCUCCUGGUUUAGAGAGGUCAAAUCUGGAUGGCUCUGAAAGAGAGCUUAUUGUUGACCACAAAAUCACUUAUCCGAAUGGAGUUACUGUCGAUUUUCCCAAUAAGCAUGUUUAUUGGGUUGAUUCGUUUCAGUCGCACGUUGAACGUGUUGAUUAUGAUGGUGGCAACCGCAAAACUCUGAAGAAAGGCAGUGUGCUGGAUCAUAUUCAUGGAAUAACAGUAUUUGAAAACAAAGUUUACGUGUCUCUCCUAAAGUCGAAGAAAAUCUAUGAAAUUGAUCGAUUUAGCAAUAUGGAACCCAAGCAAAUUGAGUCAUAUAAAGAUGUGAACCGAAUCCUCGUCUAUCAUAGACAAAGGCAACCGGAUGUUAACCAUCCAUGCAAGUACAAAAAUGGAAAUUGUCAGCAAAUUUGCGUCACCGCAUUCAAUCAGUCAAAGCCCUUUGCCCGAUGCAUGUGUCAGGAAGGUUUCAAACUCACCCAUGAUGGAAAGUGUAUUGCUUCAAAACAGACUGAAUUCCUCAUAAUUUCCAAGGGAAGACCGCCGGCUAUCAAGGGAAUCUCGAUGAACCGCAAGGUAUCGGAGCAAGCCAUGAUCCCAAUCAGCAGCGUUAGUAGACCCACUGCCAUCGACUUUGACAAACGGACAGGGUUCAUUUACUUCUCUGACCCACCCAAAUUCAGCAUAGAAAGGAGAAAAUUAGACGGAUCCCAGCGUGAAACUGUGAUUGAUUCUGGAGUUAACAACUGCGAAGGCAUCGCCAUUGACUGGAUGGCGAGGAACAUCUAUUGGACUGAUGACAUUCUCUUGCUUAUAAAGGUGGCCAAGCUUGACAACCCGAAAAUCUCUAAGACUCUGUUGCAUGAGAACUUUCAUCAUCCUCGGGAUAUUGUUUUAGACCCAUUGAAAGGGUUUAUGUACUGGGCAGACUGGGCUGAAGGGUCCACCUCGCUAGGUGGUAGAAUUGAACGAGCAGCAAUGGAUGGCUCCCAACGCCAGAUCUUUGUCAGCAAAGAUCUGAAGUGGCCGAGUGGUCUGAGCAUUGAUUAUGUCAGCAAAAAACUCUACUGGUGUGAUGUUAGCACUAACCAGAUUGAGAGAAUCAACUUGGAUGGAUCUCAACAAGAGACAAUAUUGGAAGGAAGUCGAUUGUAUAACCCUUAUGGCUUGGCCUACUAUAAGAAUAUGCUCUUUUGGACGGAAAAGCAGAAUGGGUCUGUUGUCAAAUACUUCUUGGAAAACAAAACGCUUGAAAUAUUGGCAGUAUUGAACCCACCUGUAUAUUAUGUUGUCGUUUUUGACAACUCUUCGCAAGUUGGUAUCAACGAUUGUUCCAACAGCUCCACUAACCAAUGCCCUGAACUCUGCCUAUCUUCACCAGAAGGGCCUGUUUGUGCUUGCAAAGAUGGAUUUAAAUUAAAUACGUCAAACACUGUGUUUACUUGCGAUGUCAACACUUCUUUUGUACCCUUCAUAAGGUGUAAUCAAACCGAAUUCCAGUGUGCGAAAAACCUCAAUUGCAUUGAAAAGCACUAUUUAUGUGAUGGUGACGAUGACUGCAAGGAUGGCUCCGAUGAAAAUAUUGAGCCUGGUGGUGCUUGCUACAAUGUGACCUGUGGACCCGAUCAGUUUUCCUGCAGUCAGCAUUACUGCAUUGAAAAGCAGAGAGUGUGUGAUGGCAAUUUGGAUUGUAUAGAUGGAGAGGAUGAAGUUCAUUGUGAGAACAAUUCGUUCACUGAUCAGACAAAAUGUGAUGGACGACAGAUCCACCCAAGUUGGCUGUGCGAUGGUGAAAAAGAUUGCGAAGACGGUUCUGAUGAAGUUAAUUGUAAUCCAAACAAGGAGUGCGGUGCUUUUGAAUUUCGGUGCAACAACUCUCACUGCAUAGCAGCAGCUUUAGUGUGCGAUGGAUACAUAGACUGCGCUGACCAUAGCGAUGAAACAGAUUGCCAAAAAGUCGAGUGCGAUUUAAACACCUCUUUCACAUGCGACAAGUACGUUUGCUUGCCAAAAUACUUGCUGUGCGAUUUAAAGGCAGAUUGUGCUGAUGGAUCUGAUGAGCAUGAUUGCGCAUAUGUAACUGGCGUGGUGUACCACCACCAUGAGUUGGAAUAUAACAUUAGCCGAAAAUAUUGCGAAAGACAUGGAUUCCUUUGCAAGGAUAUGUCUGAAUGUAUCAACCGCCGUUUUGUUUGUGAUGGCCAGGCAGAUUGCCUUGAUGGAUCUGAUGAAGUUGGAUGUGAGAAAACAAUCUGCAGUGGUAAAAAUUGCACAUCUGCAUUGUCCCCUCCGAAGAUAAGCCCCUGUGAAUUUCCCUCACGUCUUUGUGACAAUGGCACCAAGUGCAUAGAAGUGGGUCAGCUUUGUAACAAUGUUAAAGACUGCGUGGACGGCUCAGACGAGGGACUUAGAUGUGACGAAGAUCAGUGCCGGCACAAUCGUGGCUGUAGUCACAUGUGCCAGAACACACCCGAAGGCUCAAUCUGCUACUGCCCGGACAAUUUGAACCUGCAAACUGACAGCUUGACCUGUUUGAAAAACCACCCUUGUGAUGUGUGGGGCACAUGCUCACAACAAUGCUUGAAUAUUGGGAAAAGGCACAAAUGCGCCUGCAUAGAUGGUUACAAACUGCAAGCUGACAGAUUCAGUUGUGAAAGCAAAGAUCCAGCCGUCCCUUACGUCAUAUUCAGCAACAGGCAUGAAAUUCGUGGAGUAGACUUGCAUAAUUUGCAGAUGAGACCUUUGGUUUCGUCUUUGAAGAACACGAUUGCCUUGGAUUUCUUCCACUCUGAUGAGGGAGACACAAUAUUCUGGACUGAUGUGAUUGAUGACAAGAUUUAUCAAGGUGUUCUGGCUGGAGGAUCUUUGAUCAAUAUUAAAGCUGUUGUGAAAACUGGACUCUCCACUGCUGAGGGCUUGGCUGUUGACUGGAUUGGACAUAAUUUGUACUGGGUCGAGAGCAACUUGGACCAGAUUGAAGUUGCUAAGCUGAACAGCAGUUUCCGAAGAACGUUAAUCGCUGGGGACAUGGAAUCGCCUCGAGCAAUCGCUCUGGACCCCAGAUUUGGAUAUUUAUUCUGGACAGACUGGGACACAAAUGGUCCAAGAAUCGAAAGGUGCAGCAUGAGUGGAGAGGGAAGACAGUUAAUUGUUAGAGUCGACAAAGUUACAAACGGAGGCUGGCCCAAUGGACUUACUCUUGAUUACGUUCUCCAAAGAAUCUACUGGAUCGAUGCAAAAUCCGAUUCGAUUCACACUUCUAACUAUGAUGGAGGCGACUAUCGAGAGGUGAUGCGAGGGCAUGAGACUCAAACUCAUCCCUUUGCUAUUGCCUUGUUUGAAAAUUAUGUGUAUUGGACUGACUGGAGGACAAACUCAGUCAUCAGAGCUUCAAAAUGGAAUGGUUCUGAUAUAAGUGUCAUCCAAAGGACCUUAACUCAGCCUUUCGAUAUUCAAAUCUUACAUCCGAGCCGUCAACCUAAAGCAAAAAAUCCGUGUGGCGACAAUAAUGGUGGGUGUUCGCAUUUGUGUCUGAUCAGUUUCAACCAAACAUUCAAAUGCGCUUGCCCUCACGUGAUGAAACUGGAUGAUGAUCAAAAAACUUGUAAAGUCAAUGAGACUGUCUUGCUUUUUUCGCGAGCAAAUGAAAUCCGAGGAGUUGACCUCAGCUUGCCCUACUACCACACAAUACCGACAAUAAGUCUCCCACAAGUUUUGACUCCAUCACAAAUAGACUUUUAUGCGAAGAAUCGACAAAUCUACUGGGCAGACACACAGGUCAAUGAGAUUAAGAGGACAAAUCUUUCUGGCAGCAACAUCGACAUUGUACUAGACACAGCCAUUGAAAGCCCUGGGGGUCUGGCGAUUGAUUGGAUAUCCGGAAACAUGUUCAUCGCCUCUACAGGAAACUCUCAGAACCGAAUCAUUGCUUGCAAUCUGGAGGGUGAAUUUUUCACCAAAAUUGUGGUGAACGAUUUGACUGAUGUCAAGUCUCUGGCGCUGGACCCUCUCCGAGGAGAUCUCUUCUGGAGUGAUGUUCGUGACAACUCAUUCUCUAUUGAAACUGCAAAAAUGGAUGGCAGUUUGAGAAAAACCAUCACAUCUUAUAAUCAGACCCAUGCAAAGCGUGUGCCACAAAGUCUAUUCGUGGAUCUGGAUGAUAUGCGUCUUUAUUGGACUGACGUUGAAAAAUCUGCAAUUAUGUACUACGAGUUAUUGCAUCCUGAAUUGAAGACAGUCCCUCUUGAUGACCGAAUUCAGCCGACAUCUCUUGUGAUUUACCAAGGCUCCAUUUAUUACUCAAACGCUCUGGAUUCGGCCAUUCAUGUAGCUGACAAAACCACUGGGAAAAAUGACAGGAUUUUGAGAAAUAAUACAGUGGACAUCCUUUCCUUGAAAAUUUAUGACCCAUCAAUCCAAACUGGAGACAACCUGUGCUCAGUCAACAAAGGCAAUUGCUCACACUUGUGUCUACCCAUUUCUGCGACGCAAAGAGUGUGUCGUUGCGCUGUUGGAUAUAGAACUGACCCAAUGGACCACACAAAAUGCAUAGGCGUUGAUGAGUUCUUGAUGUACUCGAUAAACUGGGAAAUCAAAGGGCUUCCACUUGGCGAUGAGAACAUGACUGAUGUGCUAUCGCCAAUUUCCAGAGUUUCGAUGGCAACCAGCAUUGAUUUCCAUGCUGAAAUGGACUUGUUGUUCUGGGUUGAUUCUGAACAAGGUAGUGUCACAAGUAUCAAGCGCGAUGGUACAAACCGACGCACAAUUGUGGAGCACCAUGAUUCUGUGGAAAAUAUUGCAAUUGACUGGAUUUCUGGUUUGGCUGUUGACUGGAUUGCAGGAAAUGUCUAUUGGACUGAUCCAAAGUUCAGUGUAAUUGAGGUUUCCCGUUUGGAUGGUUCAUUUCGAUAUGUGGUCAUCAACGGGGAUAUGGAAAAACCCGUGAUUAUUGUCGUCGAUCCAGUUGCUGGCCUGCUUUUUUGGGUGGAUCGAGGAAAAAAUCCCCGAAUUGAAAGUGCGCGACUAGACGGAUCAAACAGAAAGAUCUUAUUGACAGAAGACGUUCGACAAGUCAAUGACCUCGCCCUUGAUUAUAAGACUAAAAAGUUGUACUGGUGCAACACAAGCACUAAAAAUAUCGAGAGCGUAAAUUAUGAUGGCACAGAACGAAAACAAAUUCUUGAUGCUGCUGAAUCGAUAAAUCCUGUUGCUGUCGCAAUUUUCAAAGAUCACAUUUUCUGGAUUGACAUCACUGAAGGCCAUGGCAGCAUCAAGCAGGCGCCGUUGCAAUCGCCCUCCGAUUUUCUAUUGCUGCAGCAUGGGCUUGGAGAGUCACUCAAAGAUAUCCAAAUUUUCUCUAAGGAACAGCAGUCAGGUACAAAUGGAUGCUCUAACAACAACGGAGGCUGUCAAGAAUUGUGCCUGUUCAAUGGCACUCACCCAGUUUGUGCUUGUGCACAUGGAAAAACUACCGCCAAGGAUGGAAAGACAUGUGAAGAUUAUGACAGUUUCCUGAUGUACUCACGCGUCACUAAAAUUGAUAGCAUCCACAUGUUUGAUGAAUUUAAUCGAAAUGCUCCUUUCCAAAGCAUAAAAUCUACGGAAUUCAUGGGCAAUACCAUUGGUCUUGCUUUCGAUUACAAGCGCCAAACAAUAUAUUAUUCAGAUAUUCAAAAAGGCAGCAUUAACAGUGUAUAUUUCAACGGAACUUCACACAAAGUCAUUUUAGACAAGCUUGGUUCAGUAGAGGGUUUAGCUUAUGAAAAAUUCACCCACAAAAUCUUCUGGACAUGCACCAAUGAUGCCACAAUUAAUAGCUAUUCACUAAACUCCAACACUUCCGAACCAGAUGUCUUGCUUCAACUUGGAUCUACUGGGAAGCCUAGAGGCAUCGCUUUGGACUCAUGUAGCGAGAGGGUUUAUUGGACCAAUUGGGACAGUUCUAAACCUGCAAUUCAGAGGUCAUAUUUCCGUUCCACUGGAGUCGAAUCAAUCAUCACUACAGACAUUAAAAUGCCAAACGCCAUUACACUGGACCACAAAGAAAUCAAAAUAUAUUGGGCAGACGCACGAUUGGACAAAAUAGAGCGGUGCGAAUAUGAUGGCAGAAACAGAAUCAUUUUGUCAAAAACUAAUCUUCAACAUCCUUUUGAUAUCACCGUGUAUGGGGACUUUGUGUUUUGGACGGACUGGGUCACUCAUGCUGUAAUGAGAGCCAACAAGUACACUGGGGAAGGCACCGUCGUCCUACGCAAAGAUGUUCCUCGUCCCAUGGGUAUCAUUGCAGUUGCUGAAGAUGCGGACGAUUGUACUGCCUCGUCUAGUCCGUGCAGAAUAAUGAACGGUGGCUGUCUGGAUAUUUGCACAAUAAAGAACGGAGUAGUAGCCUGUGUUUGCCGAAACGGCCGAAAACUCUUGGAAGAUGGCAAGACUUGCGUGCCAAUGAAGAACACUUGCGAGGCUAGUCAGUUCCAAUGCGGCAAUGGUGGGUGCAUACCGUUCACACUCACCUGCGAUACCUUCCCACAUUGCACUGACCAAUCAGACGAAGAACAAAUCUACUGCACGACAAGAAAAUGCCCCGCAAACUACUUUAAGUGCAACAACCUUCGUUGUAUUAAUUCAACGUCUGUGUGCGAUGAAGUAAACGAUUGCGGUGAUAACUCUGAUGAGUUGACUUGCACUGCUUGCCCUGAUGAUAAUUUCCGUUGCAAAAAUGGAACGUGCAUCAGGAAGAUUCUUGUUUGUGACGGAGAUUCUGACUGCCCUGAUGCUAGCGAUGAAAUGAAUUGCAAGCCUGUUGAUUGCUCAAACAAGAGAAAGCAGUAUGAUUCGUUCAACAAAGGCUUGAGUGAAGCUACCCUCAUCAAUUGUAAUUUCACCACAGCCUGCAUACAUCCCAAGUGGAUUUGUGAUGGAGAAAAUGAUUGCUGGGACAACAGCGAUGAGGAAAACUGCCCAACAACGACUGCUCCAAGUCCUUGUGGUAACGGUCAAUUCCGUUGUGAUAGUGGGAUUUGCAUUGACCAAAGUUGGGUUUGUGAUGGUGAAAAUGACUGCAAUGAGGAAUUCACACCAAGUUCUGAUGAGAGAGACUGUGCAAAGAGAUCUUGUGGCCCCGACUCCUGGACAUGCAAGAAUGGGGAGUGUAUUCCGCAUGGGCUGUACUGCAACGGAAAUCCAGACUGCAUUGAUAGAUCUGAUGAAGAAGAAUGCAAUCCUGUGGGUGCAUGCCCCACUGGGAAUUUUGAGUGCAAGAGCGGCAAGUGCAUUUAUCGCAAAUAUUUGUGCGAUGGGAACCCAGACUGUCCAGACAAGGAUGAUGAGCUGCGAGAGAAUUGCGAAACAGAAUGCAGCUCGUCUGAUUUCCUCUGUCUCAACAGGCAUUGCAUUAGUAACCACUACUUUUGUGAUGGUGACAACGAUUGUGGAGACAAUUCUGACGAGCCCGAUGGCUGCGCUGGGGUCACAGGAAAAUGCGAGUCCAACGAAUUCAGCUGUGCCAAUGAGCAGUGCAUUUCACUAUCAAACUUGUGCGACGGUCGCAAAGAUUGUUAUGAUGGCUCAGAUGAGAUUCCUGGAAUCUGUCGAAACUUCACCAGAGGAGGCUGCUCAGACGAUGAGUUUCUGUGCAACAACAACAUCUGUCUUCACGAUAAAUUAGUUUGCAACAACGAAAAUGACUGCGGAGAUUUCAGCGAUGAAACUGGAUGCAAUAUUGCAGAUUGCGCGAAGCCCGGCAUCUGUGCUCAUAUUUGUGUCGAAAAGAAAAUCGGCUAUGAAUGCAAGUGUCGACCUGGCUACACAGUUAAUCCCAAUGACAAGCAACUCUGCGUCGAUAUUAACGAAUGUGAAACUCAAUACCCCUGCUCUCAAAUGUGCCGCAACACUCUGGGGUCAUAUGCCUGCUCGUGUACGGAUGACUAUAUCCUCAAACCCAACAAGCAUUCAUGCAAGGCUAAUUCAUCUGUGGAGCCAAGCCUUAUUUUCACCAACAAAUACUACAUUCGGGAAGUUGAUUUAACUGGAGACGUCACCCUACUCGCCACCAACCUGACGAAUGCAGUCGCACUUGAUUUUGACUACAGUUCAAAUUGUAUUUAUUGGUCAGAAAUCACAAGUCGCCAGAGUGUCAUCAAGAAAAGAUGCAACGAUACGUCUAAUCCAGAGGUCAUCGCUACUGGAACCGUUAAAAACCCGGAUGGAUUAGCUGUUGAUUGGGUUGGUAGAAAUCUCUACUGGUGUGACAAAACCUCAGACACCAUCGAGGUGUCCAAGUUGGACGGGCGUUUCCGAAAGGUGCUGAUCAGCACUGGGCUUGAAGAGCCGCGAGCGAUUACAGUGGACCCGCACCACGGUUACAUGUACUGGACCGAUUGGGGCAAGGAUCCACACAUUGGCCGGGCUGGCAUGGAUGGUACCAGCCAGCGAAUCAUCAUUAAGGAUAACCUGGGCUGGCCAAACGCGUUGACGAUUGCCUAUGACACCAAUGAAAUAUUUUGGGCAGACGCAGACAAGGAUUACAUCGCAGUCGCUAGCCUUGAUGGAUCCAACAGAAGGAUAGUUAUGGGCAGAGCAACCUCGCCAGAUUUGAAGCUACACCAUGUGUUCGGCAUAACUGUUUUUGAGGACUAUAUUUACUGGACAGACUGGGAGUUGAAAUCUGUGGAACGGUGCCACAAGUACAGAGGCAAUGAAUGCGCGACGCUUGCAACCACCAUACAUAGGCCAAUGGUCAUCAAAGCUUACCACCCGCACAGGCAACUGCCUCCCAAAGUCAACCCUUGCGAGAAACUCAACUGCUCCACACUGUGCCUGCUGAACCCUGGUGGCGGGGCACAGUGCAGUUGCCCAGAUAAUUUUGUGCUGGAUAAAAAUGGCUACGACUGCAACUCCAACUGCACGUCGGCUCACUUCCGCUGCCCCAACGCCUACAAGUGCAUUCCGUUCUGGUGGAAAUGCGACACUCAGAUUGACUGCGCAGACGGUUCUGACGAGCCUGCUGACUGCCCCAAGUUUACAUGCCUGCCUGGACAGUUCCAAUGUGACCAACAGACCUGUCACCACCCAUCAGAGAUUUGCAAUGGAAAGAAAGAUUGUGCCGAUGGGACGGACGAGGCAGAAUGCGACAACUUCACUUGUCUACCAAGCUUCUUCAAAUGUCCAGCGCACGGAAAUGAAACUGCUAAGUGCAUACCAGAGAGUAAGAAAUGUGACCAAACUCCAGACUGCCUUGGAAAGGAGGAUGAAAUAGGCUGCGAAUUCAAAACGUGUGCCCCAAACCAGUUCCUCUGUGCCAAUGGAAGAUGCAUACCAACUAUUUGGGCUUGUGAUCAAGAAGAUGACUGCGGCGACAAUUCAGAUGAGCACUUGAAAUGCUCAGAUCAAACUUGUUCCAACCAAGAGUUUCGCUGCGCAUCAGGUCGCUGUAUUCCUAAGGCGUGGCAUUGCGACGGAGAUGCGGACUGCAAAGGGGGCGAUGAUGAGCCUGAAGUAUGCAAAGAUGAUCUAUAUCAUCAUUGUGCUCCAUCCUACUUCAAGUGCAAUAACACCAAAUGCAUCCCUGGUAGAUACAAGUGUGAUUAUGAAAAUGACUGUGGAGACAAUUCAGAUGAGGCAAACUGCCAUCCCAGAAACUGUAGCGAAUCUGAGUUCAGGUGUAAUGAUGGUCGGUGCAUCCGAGGAGAUCUCAAAUGCAACGGAGAACACAACUGUUUUGACUUAAGUGAUGAGAAGAACUGCUCAGUCAUUUGUGAUGAAACGGAGUUCAGGUGCAAGACUAUGGCCAUCUGUAUCCAAAAAUCUUGGAUGUGUGAUGGAGAGCCUGACUGUCUGGACGGAUCAGAUGAGAAGGACUGUUCAAAUACUACCUGUCCACAGUUCACUUGUGAUAAUGGUAGAUGUCUUGAGAGAAUGUUGCGGUGUGAUGGUGACAAUGAUUGUGAUGACAACUCUGAUGAAGAAGGUUGUGAAAAUUGGUCAUGUGAGCCAGGAAGAUUCAGGUGCAAAAACCAUAUUUGCAUAUUGGAAGAAGACGUUUGUGAUGGAAUCAAUAAUUGUGGGGACGAUUCUGAUGAAUCUGAACACGCGUGUAUGCAAAAAGGUGGUUGUGAAGCCCAUAAAUUCCAAUGCCGAAAUGGUCUUUGCAUUGUUGAAUCUUCUAAGUGCAACAACCUCGACGAUUGCGGAGACAAUAGUGACGAAGAAGACUGCAGUAACACUGGCCCGUGUGUGUUUGGAGCUUGCUCUCAAAUUUGCAACGUGAAGAAAGGUCAACAUUUCACUUGCAAGUGCGCUCCAGGAUACUCUCAGAGCUCGGAGAAGUCCAAAGGUUGCAUCGCUGAAGGCGAGCCAGCGUAUUUAAUGGUUGCUAGUGAUUCUGAACUGAAAAAGAUCAACCCAUACAAGGGAACAGAAAUAGGCGAAUUCAUAAGAACAGCCGGGGCAAACUAUAAAAUUGAGACAGUGGAUAUUCUGUUCUUCAGCCAUGAGUCGAUUCAUCUAUUUUGGACUGACCACGUUAAAAAAGUCAUUCAGAGUUUGUCUCUCCCAGUCAAGAAUCGGGUGAAGAGAGAAGAACCCAGAACAAUCAUCUCUGGACUAAAAGACCCUCGCGGUCUGACGGUUGACUGGGUGAACAUGAAAAUCUACUACGUUGAUGCUGGUGCCGACGUCAUCAAGGUUUCAACCUUAGAUGGCAAGUUGACCGUAUUGUUGGUCAACUCUAGUUUAGAUGAGCCGCACGACAUCAAGGUGGACCCAGAGUCAGGCUGGAUGUUCUGGUCCGACUGGGGGAAAAAGCCAAGAAUUGAAACCGCGAGAAUGGAUGGCUCUGAAAGAAGAGUGUUGGUGGACAAAAUGGUGCAGUGGCCGACUGGUUUGACUAUCGACUACCCUGCUAGACGGCUCUAUUGGACCGAUCCCAAAGCACUGACCAUCAGUAGUGUUGAUUUGAAUGGCAGAGACAGGCAUGAGAUCAAGAAGUUCAGCGCUGAUGACAAACCUUACAAAAUUGAAGUAUUUGAAGAUAAUCUCUACAUCAGCACAUACAAAAAUAACAACAUCAUCAAGAUGAACAAGUUUGGACAGGGAAACCUCACUUACCUGAUAAAAGACCUUCAUAGAGCCUCGGACAUCCUCAUAAUUCACGAGAACAAGCAGAAAGCAAACUUGUCGAAUCCAUGCAACCGCAAUCUCUGCGCUGAGGGGAUGUUCUGCUUGAUUCGAUCACGUGAUGACCGUCAGUGCAUCUGCCCAGAAGGGUCGAAAAAGGACACAAGAGGUUCUUAUGAUAAUUCCACUGGUUGUCAAGAGGUGAAAACCACCACGCAGUCUCCUAAAUCAUGUCCACUAAAUUGCCGCUUCGGGGAAUGCAUUAACGCUGAAAAUGGUGGCUACAAAUGCAACUGCAAUCCGUUGUACGAAGGCAAACUCUGCGACAAGUUCCGCUGCUCGCAGUAUUGCAAAAACAAAGGUUUCUGUGUCGUACAAGUACAUGAAAAAUCUGGACCUGACGGGCUGAAACCAAUCAAGUGCCACUGUAGCCCUCAAUACACUGGAGCUAGAUGUGAAACUCCAUUGAAUCUGUGUGAGGGCGAUUGUCUUAACGGAGGCUACUGCCAGAGCAGCUUUGAUGAGCACACGGGGAAAGUAAAUUCCUACUGCGUAUGCAAGAAUGGGUUCUAUGGAAAAUACUGCGGUGUUUGCGAGGACAGGGUUUGUCUGAAUAAUGGAACCUGUCACAUUAAAAAUUUGGGCGAAAGCUACUGCAACUGCACUGAGGGCUACAUUGGUGGUCACUGCGAAAACCAAGCGUGCAAGAAUUUCUGCGUUCAUGGGGAUUGUGUGCUCGAUAAAGGUCAUCCUUUAUGUUUGUGUCCCCAAGGAUUUACUGGUAAAUCAUGCUCCAUGGACGUUUGCAGUGAUCAUUGCAAAAAUGGAGGCACCUGUCGAGUGUUGCCAACCGCAAAGCUGUACUGUUUGUGUCCACAAAGAUACACAGGCCCUCUGUGUGAAGUCGACCUUUGCCUGAAGAAACCGUUAGCAGUGCCAAGCGAUCUGUGCAACCUUCCAUCUAGAGAACAGUGCUCGCACCUGCAGUGCCGCAACGGUGGCUUCUGCGUUACUGCCGUUGAUUCUGUGGUUUGCCGGUGCCCUGAGGACUGGACCGGCACCGACUGUUCCAUCGCCAUCACCAGCACUGAUAACACGUGCCGCGACUUCUGUCAUCACGACGGAGUGUGCGUGCUCGAAUCUCUCAUAUCGCAGCCCAUCUGUCGCUGCAUGGAGGGUUGGACAGGGUCCAGGUGCGAGAAGAAGGCCACUUGCAGAAACUUUUGCUUCAACGGAGCCACCUGCCAGGAGCCUGCAAAAUCCGAUUUGAAGCCAGUCUGCAUAUGCCCACCUGAUUUUGAAGGCCUCCGAUGCGAGACGCAUAACCCCUACCUGAGUCACAAUAAAGAAGCCAAUGAAGAAGAUUCCUCAGCACUGCUGGUGGUGCUGCUGAUUGCAUUCCUGUUCCUACUCGCUCUCGCCACUGGAGGAGUUAUCUAUGUCAUGUACAGACGCCGCCUAGGAGGAAACAAACCUUUUGCCCACGUCCGCAUGACGGACAAUGUAGAAAUUACCAAUCCCAUUUACCUAAGGGAAGAUGACGGUGACGACCCUCUCGAGCAUAGCUUUAGUUUGGAUCCCAACAAGGCUUCCAACUUUGCCAAUCCAGUGUAUGAGUGCAUGUACAAUGAUACAAGUGUGCCGCUUGUUGCUGAAGAGAAGACCGGCUUGCUGCAGACGGACAAACUGAGCAAGAGCCCUGGCACAACCUCAGACGGGGCCGACUCAGCCUAAGCUCAGCGGACAUGGAUCAUUUAUUGUUUCAAUUGCAUUUGAAUCUCGUCCUAUAGCUGUGAGAAUGUUUGAUGAUAAUUUUACUACUCGUUUCGUGAUGGUUAUAAUGUGCUUCAUGACUGCAAGCAAAUAGAUCAAGGGAACUCUCUCACAGAUACAUUAUAUGUCUCAAUCAUUUUUCAGAACAUUAUUUCAAACAGCACACAUAUUUCUUAAAACUACCGUUUGGAAAUGCAUGUUAUUCUUUAAUUUCCAUUCGAUUCUCUUGGUUGCUUUGGGGUUGUUUUAUUCCCCACGACUUUUGUCAUUAAGAUGUAAAAUAAGACGUAGCUGUGAUGCGAGUCAACCCUAAUUACACAUGUGAGACUGACUCAUUACUAAACCCAAUUAAACAUUCAAAAUCCGACAUAAUAAUCCAUCCAUUGGUAGCAAAUGUUUGACUUUAUCUUAAAUGCAGUAGAAGUUUCUGAUGAUGAAAUGCAUAAUUAAACCAAUGUAACGAUACGAAAUUCUGUGCAGUGAAAAUCAGUGUAAAUUUUUAAAUUUUGUACAAAUCUUGUAAAAAUUUGUGUUAUGUGAUGUGAUGAAUAUGCGAACUUUCUUUAGAUGUAAAAUGUUACUUUUGCAAUAAAUCACCAAGCAUCUACAGAGCCUGAAAAUGCUGAUAAAAAUUUUCUUAAGUGAUAAAUCUUGCAUUUCAGCAUUUUCAACGUGCUGUAUUUUAUAUCUAUGUA